CGAGCGAAAUCAUUGCCAAUAAAUAAUAAUAUAAUCAGUGAUAGCGCGGCUUGCAAUGUGUUAGGACGUUUUGUGAUGGAUUUAUUGAGAAAAUUAAUUGAGUGAAUAUAGUCUUUAUUACAAUUAAAUAAGAGCCAUGGGUGUGCCGAUGAUGAAGAACUGUUGCUUCUGUGUUAGUUUACACACGGGCACUUUGGUCAUAGGUUAUGUGUAUACGGUAUGGUCAUUACUAGAGUUGGCAGGCUACAGUCUUCUGGUCACUCUUGCACCAAUCGGUAAAAAUGGUACCGUCUCCGGUCACAAGUAUAUACUGUACAUCACAGCGGCGGUGGUCAGCGGGAUCACUCUUCUGUGCUCAAUACUUUUAAUUGUAGCUGCUUAUAAGAAACUCGCCUCUCUGACGCUGCCCUGGACGAUCGUGACUGGUAUCCUGACUGCGGUUUUCUUCUUGAUGUGCCUCACGGGGAUCAGUCUCAUCCUUCAGGACACGGGGGAUAUGCUUGAAGUGGAAGUUGUGUUUAUCGUCGUUCAUCUUACUAGAGCGUGUAUAUCUGUAUAUUGCAUAAUAGUCGUCCACAGUCGCCACAAGCAGAUCAUGUACGAAGAUGACAUCCAAAGGUUCCAGCACUCGGCGAUAUAUCAACCGAUCUGGAUGAGAGACCAGGCGAUAUGAACGUAAAUGAGACUCGACUUGAUUACUCAUGGAUUUAAAAUAAUUGCAUUAUUUGUAGCAAUUACUAUGAAAAUAAGCACAAGAAGUUUAAUAAAUAAACGCAAAACAUACUUGGUGAAAUUGAAUUAAAGCGAGUGCUUUUAAGUAACCGUUUUAAUAGCAAUCGUUUGGUUUUUUUAUGGGGAAACGACCUUAAUCUCUGAUUAAUACUGAACGUUGGUGUUAACUAAUGAUAACCAAUACAUUAAGAGUAUUACUUAGCAUAUGUCAUGACGUAUUACUCAAUAAAGGGUUAUAUAGUUGAUAAAAAGUAUAAAGUUAGUAUUUCUAUACAGGAUAAGUAAAAAAUUGACGAUAAAAACUAACUACUUAGUUGCGUGCCGGUUGUUUUCGGUAGAAACUACAUUCCGAACGGUUGUAGCUCUAAAUUAAAUUAAAUCUUGUAAAAUGACGAUUCAAAAGUGCUCGCAAGAACCUACUUGAAUAUAUAUAUUUUGAUUUGAUAUUAUUUUCUAACGUUAAGAAUGUUGUGAAGGGAUUUAUAUGGGUAUUCAAUCAGGAUACAAGUAACAACCCCUAAUUUGUGACAGCAUACUAAUUACAUAUAUGUAUUCACAACUAAUAAUAUUGAA